CUUGCCCUUCAGCAAAUUAACAAGUUUGUAUUCAUCUUCUCUGUUACAGGUCUCUACGAACGUUGCAACUCUCUGUUCCUAACUUUCACCUUCAUGGUACCUAUUACCUACGCAGAUUAGGUUUUUAUUGUUUAUCCCUGGAAAAUAGGUGUCAUGGUGUUUUUUGCAUUUCUAACCAACAAAAGGUCAAAGAAUCACCAAACCAAACCCUAAUAAAAUAACCAGGUCUCUCUUUCCAUGAUCCUCACUCUUCAGCACCAAACUCUCCCCAAGAAAACCAUCUACUCUUCCUUUAUAAUCCCUUGCUUUUGCUGAUAUUCUGCAUUCACCAUCUUUCUUCUCGAUAACUACUUGAGUUUUUUUUUCUUUUCUUUCUCCGCUUACAUAGAGAUGUCAAAUUCUAGGAUGAAUGGUGUUGAGAAGCUAUCCACAAGGCGUGUCGCUAAUCCAGGGAAGGCAACAGUACUUGCUCUGGGCAAAGCCUUCCCAAGCCAAGUCGUUCCUCAGGAGAAUCUAGUAGAAGGAUUUCUACGAGACACCAAAUGUGAUGACGCCUAUAUCAAAGAGAAGCUGGAACACUUGUGCAAAACCACUACCGUGAAGACGCGCUACACUGUAUUGUCCCGAGAAAUACUGGAUAAAUACCCUGAGCUAACAACAGAGGGUUCACCAACAAUCAAGCAAAGACUUGAAAUUGCAAACGAGGCGGUUGUGGAAAUGGCAUUGGAAGCCAGUUUAGGUUGCAUCAAGGAAUGGGGAAGGCCAGUGGAAGACAUCACUCACAUUGUCUACGUCUCCUCGAGCGAGAUCCGAUUACCUGGUGGGGACCUAUACCUCUCAGCGAAGCUAGGCCUGAGGAAUGACGUGAACAGAGUGAUGCUCUAUUUUCUGGGAUGCUACGGAGGUGUGACUGGCCUCCGCGUGGCCAAAGACAUUGCUGAGAACAACCCGGGAAGCCGUGUUCUUCUCACAACCUCUGAAACCACCAUUCUCGGGUUUCGCCCACCAAACAAAGCUCGUCCGUACGAUCUAGUUGGAGCUGCUCUGUUUGGAGAUGGUGCAGCUGCUGUGAUCAUCGGAGCUAACCCGAAAGAGUGUGAAGCUCCUUUCAUGGAGCUGCACUAUGCUGUUCAGCAGUUCUUGCCAGGGACACAGAACGUGAUCGACGGGAGGUUGUCAGAGGAAGGCAUAAAUUUCAAGCUAGGACGAGACCUCCCGCAGAAGAUAGAGGAGAACAUAGAGGAGUUCUGCAAGAAGCUGAUGGGAAAGGCUGGUGAUGAGUCGAUGGAGUUCAAUGACAUGUUCUGGGCUGUUCAUCCAGGGGGACCUGCGAUUCUGAACCGUCUGGAGACAAAACUAAAGCUGGAGAGAGAGAAGCUGGAGAGCAGCAGAAGGGCGUUGGUGAACUACGGGAACGUGAGCAGCAACACGAUACUGUAUGUGAUGGAGUAUAUGAGAGAUGAGCUGAAGAAGAAAGGCGAGGCCGCACAAGAGUGGGGACUUGGCUUAGCAUUCGGACCUGGAAUCACCUUCGAAGGCCUUCUCAUCCGCAGCCUCACCUCUCCCUGAGUAAUUGUGGCGAAACAAAAUACAUAUAGAUAUGGAAUUUUACAUUUGGUUACAUAUAUAAACUUAUUGUAAGCAUGAAAUGAGUAUUGUUAAAUUAAACCA